GUGGCGAGACUGUGGAGAAUCAUUGAUCGCCGGAGAAAUUCAACUUCCGGCAUGCUGCGUCAGCUUCCGCCGACAAUUACGGCGGAUAAGUCGCCGGACUGGCUUCCCGCCGGUUGGAUCGCUCAAUCUACUGUGCUUAAAAGCGGCCGCGAAGUUAGGUCUUACACGCAUUUGAACACAUGUCAAAGGUUCUCUAGCAAGGAUGAUGUUCUUCAAUACAUUGAAAUGGAGAAAAUUCGUGAGAUUCGAUACUCAGAAACUGAGAGGGAGAAAAAUUGUGGCAUGACAAUUCAAAAUCCUGGGUGGCUUCCAGAUCAUUGGGUAAUGGAGGAAAGAAAAGGAUCUAGCGGAAAUGUCUACAAGGUUUACACUAACCUUUCAACCGGAUAUAAAUGCUAUACCAAACGAGCUGUACAACGAUGCCUUGGAUAUGCCGAGCAAGAAAGUGGUGAGCAGAAAGAGUUAAUGUUGACAACAAAUGAUAAACCAGAAUGGCUGCCACAGAAUUGGAUAAUGGAGGUGAGAACCACCAAAAGUGGGAAACACAAGAUUUACAUCGAUAUGGUGAGCGGGUGUAAAUGCCAUUCGAAGGCAGACGUAAUUCGGUUUCUUGAUUCUCUAAAACUUGAAGCUUCAACAAAAGAAUUGGAGGACAGAGGGACCAAUGAAGACAUUUAUGGACACCGUGGAGAGUUACCUGCCUAUCCAAAGAUGAAGCUGAGAACAAGAAAGAGAGGGUUAACCAAGGGAAAACAGAUUGAGCCACCAUCGCCACCAGCAAGAAGGCAGAAACUGCGGUCCUGUGGAACAAGGCGGCAACUGUUUGUGGAUGACGAUACCAACUGUUUUGGUGAGGAUGCACUACCAGAAGCAGAAGCCUUAACAGAUGCAAACCAUAAUGAGACAGAUUCUUUAGAAGCGGAACUGUUUGUAUCUCCCUUAGCUGUCGGUCAUGCAGAGGAAGAUCUACAUGAUGUCGUGGUUCAGUUUGAUGAUCUGACAAAGGAAAGCUUAGGUAUGACUGUUUCAUCUCUGUCUGAAAUCAACGUGGGGUGUCAAGGUGGUUUGCCAGAGAAGGAUCUGAAUGAAUGUAGGAUUGAAGAAAUAGGUGCGACAAGCAUUGAGAUGCCUUCAACUGAUCCUAAAGUUGGUAAAGACGGUCUAUUGAUGAGUGGAAGUGAAUCAGCUGAGGAUGAAACAUAUCAGGAGUCUGGAUGUAAGAGCAAAGAGCCUCUUAAAGAGCAAGCCCUUCAAGGAGUGAAACCGUGUCCAGAGGAAAUAACAAAAGUGUCAAGCCGAUUGCUUUUCUUUCCUUUCAGGGAUGCAUCUACAGAUGCAGAUCAUGCACCUGCUCUCGACACUUCUACUGCUACAUUAUCUGCAGACGAUCUCGGCAAAACCAUUGAGCUUACUAAAGCAUCAUGCCCUGAUAACCCAGGACGGAAGAAUAUCCGUAUUAGUAGAAUGCAAAAUAAGAGCAUCCGAACAAGUUUGCCCAAGAAAAAGGAUAAAGACCACCAAAUACCUUUUGGGUCAACUGAACAACAUGAGAAAGCAGAGACACCCAGUAAACUGCGAGGCGAAAGAAGCAAAAAGGCAAGCAUGAGUGCAUCAGUGGAGCAACGUCUGGGUCUAUACGGAUCUUGGCAGGAAACGCAUGAUUUUGCCUGUAAAAAUUCGCCAAGAAUUGGUAUGUCGGCAAUAGCAGGGUCUUCAAGGAACAGCAGAAGAUCUGCAAGACAAUUAAUGGGUCAUUGGCCGGACCUAUGCCCGGAAUUUGUAUUUGAGACCCUCACCAGUGCAACCCGAAAAGAGGAUGACUCAGUAGUCCGGAUAUACUUGGAAGAACAACAUGUUACUGCUGCAGGAAACACUGAUGGUAAUCUCCCUUUACCCGAUUUUGGAUUGCCUAGCUUUGCUCAUCAACCUGAUUGGCAUAACUAAAGAGCUUUUGCCAAGUCCCAGUGGAUAUUGGCUUUUUAAUUCAACCUACACUCUGAAUCCAAGCUUUAGCUAGUUGCAGGAGACCAAGAUCCUUCUGACUUGUGUUCUUUUGGUAGCUGUUCAUAUAUGAGACUCUUAACGAAUCAGAGUCUUUGGGAUUGUGAACACAGCCCGUGUUGCAAUCCAUGUGGCCGUGAGCAUAUUUGUAAGAAAACGAGUUUUGUAUAUAUGUAAGAAAAAUCAGCGGCCCACUUUUACGA